AUGCCACCAAUACUGCAUUUGAUGCGCCAUGGUCAAGGAUAUCAUUCGCCAGAAGUGACUAAAGAUGGGCACUUGGUCCGCGAUCCAUUGCUCACAGACAAAGGACAACAGCAAUGUCGAGACAGAUGCAAAGCAUUUUCCAGGCACGACAAAAUCGAACUCCUCGUCGCCUCCCCCAUGCGAAGAGCAAUCCAAACCUGCCAACUGUCUUUCGCUCCAGCCGUCGAGCGCGGCCUAAUAAUCGUCUGCCUCCCUCACGCAGAAGAAGUUUCAGAUGCACCCUCCGAUACAGGAAGUCCAAUCGAAACUCUCCAAGCAGAGUUCAGUCAAGGCGUAGACUUCGAUCAUCUCAAACACGGCUGGUUCGAGCAUAAAGGAGAAUUCUCAGUAGAACCCAAGACUGUCAAGGUCCGCGCCACAAAGCUUCGACAGUGGAUCAAAGCGAGACCAGAGAAGGAAAUUGCUCUCGUCAGCCACGGAUUCUUCAAUCAUUUCUUGUGUGAGGAGGUUGAUGAUAAUGGGGAGCAGACGACGCCUUGGUGGAAUGAAGCCGAAUUGCGCACUUACACCUUCUCAGAUGAAGACGACGAAACAGCAAGAAUCUACGAGACAGAAGAAUCCUUGUCAGCACGAGGAGCAACAGCAGACGAUGUCAGACCGAUGUCUCCAAAGGUCAACAAUCCUUCGACACGUGGUAGCAAUCCCAAUGAGCACUAUACAAAGAAGAACUAA